UUUUUUUGCUCUUUGUGUAAUCGUCGUAAAUGAUUGCGAAUUUUAACAAAGUAGUAAAAUAAUAAAAAGAUACGUAUCAAUAACGGAAACAUUUCCAAUUAAAAUAAAGUGAAACAAAAAGUCUCGCAAUCUAUAAAACCGUGAUCUAGUCUUUUAAAAGUGAUUCUUCUUCAGUCAUUCUUGUCGAUGCGAUAAUUCUAACAUUUAAAGUUAAAAAAGUAAAUCACAAGCAAACACAUCUAUUGGUGGUGGGAAUAUUUCGAAAUCGAGCUGGCGCACGUUAAAUUUGCUCAACUUCUUCUUUCAAUAACACUGUUUUCAACAGAAAUCGAUUGUACAGAGAAGAGAUAGAAAAGUACGCACAAAAUAAAUGUCAAAUGCUCGCAAAACUAUAAAUAAAUGUUAAAAAUUGAGACUAGUCCAUAAUCAACUAAAUAAAUACAAUUAAAAUUUUGAAAUAAAAAGAAAACGAGCGCUUCAGUUCGAAUAAGCUGCAAACACAUUUCAAAGACCACGAAUCAGGGUGGAGAGAAAGAGAGAGCGAAAAAGUCUCAAACCAUCUAGCUGAAACGUGAUUCUGGAAAUUUUAUUCGCUAGACGAUUUUGGACAGCGAAAAUUUAUUCAUCCGUUCGAGGUAUAUACCGCUGUCGGGUAUAUGAAAAGAGAUCAGCUUCAAUUCAAUUGCAACACGUUAAUUGAUUGUGACAAUAUAACGUGUACCAUUGAAUUGCCGUAAUUGCUUUGCUUUUUUCCAGAAAGAGAGAUAAAAAGAAAAAUUUCAUAUACAUACACAACGAUUUCUUAAUUUCUUUCCUGGUGAAACGAUAAUACAAUAAAAGCAAGCCAAAAUUGCGACCAAACGCAGACGAAAAAUUGGUGGAAGAUACAAAUUGAAUAUGCCAUUAAACGGAGAUACGAUCAACGCAGACAAGUUGAGCGGCAUCGACGAAGAAUCAGAUAUUUAUGAAGGUUUUUCGCCGCACGUUGAUCGAUCGCAAAUCGUACUACCCGAUCCAUCGCCAACAUCUGAGAAAAAACCGCCAUUGAAAACAUUCGAAGAUGUUCAAGCGCUACUCAGUCAAGGUAAAAAGCGAGAGGUUAAACUAUUGAUACGUGAUAAUGCAUGGCCGAUUAAUUCAACGAUACGUUCACAAUUAUGGCCAGCGAUAUGCAGCCAACAUCAAGUCGGAAAAAGCAUGCUGGAGGGAUACUAUUGGGAUAUGGUUAAUCAGGUAUUUGGAACGACAGAACUACCGGAUAAGCCAAUAAUGUUGCCACCGUUCGUUGACCCAACGCAUUGCCUGCCAUAUUAUUUAACGCGAAAAGGACGAGCAGUUGCCGAUCGUGUUGUUAGUGUAUUAGCAUAUGUUUGUCCUGACAUAACCUAUAGUCCAACAAUCUAUCCAAUUGCAGCCAUUCUGCUGCAUUUUAUGUCUGAGGAAGAAUGCUACCACUGUUUAGCCAACUUAGUGGCCGCCAAAGAGAAGGUGUUUAUUACACAAACGAAAUUAUUGUAUGAAGUAACUUGGAAAACUGUGAUGCAAAUAGCCAAAAAGCAUGCUAAAUCAGCUGUAGCACAUUUACAGAGGCUAUAUCCUGGUCAAAAAACGGAACGUGUAUUCAUGAAUUGGACAUGGUGGGUGCUGACUGGUCUUCCCUUUCCACAUUUAGUUCGUGUGAUGGAUUGUUUUUUCCACGAAGGAAUCAAAGUGUUUUAUCGAAUUUCGUUGGCGAUAUUGAUUCUAUACCAAAAGCAUGUACCGAAUGUAUCAUCGACAUCAGUACUAGUUAGCGAUGGUGGCACAAAUACGGCGGCCACAUCAUCAACAGCUUCAUCAACUACAACGACUAUAGCAAAAACGAAUGACACAAUGAAGUUAAACAAUUUGAAGAUCGGUGCCAAUUGGAAAGCAAACGAUGAAAAAUCCAAUGACAUUGAAAUGGCACUACCGAUGUUUUGCCGUAAAUUGCCUGUGUCACCGGGUAAAUUGCUUCGAACAGCUUUCAAUAUAAGAGCACUAAGCUCGAAUUAUAUUUCAAGGGUGUUCAUCAAGACUGAAAUGGUGCUGAGAAGUAAAACAAUUCUUAGCGGCUCAAAAGGUUUAGUUCAUUCACGUUCUAGUGAUAAUCUACCAACGAGUCAAUCUCAAGUAAAUAUACAAAUGAUAUCACACACACUAAGUAUUAGAGAAGGAGCACAUUCACCCGAUAUGCGUGUGCUUUCAAUGGGUGUCUAUCCAAUACAAAGAAUCAAUAGCCAAGUUGUUGGUCAAGACGAUCUAUUUACAUUAUGGUCGUGGCUGCCAGCACGCAUCACAAUGUAUACACCGACGCUGCUGUACACAACAGAAGAGCAUGGAUGUUCGCUGACAACAUUCUACGUACGAGUUGAACAACAUGAACCGACACUGCUUAUGAUUAAAACUUGUAACAAUGAAGUAUUCGGAGCAUAUUGUUCGACGCGUUGGUUUGAACGAAAUCUAAAAGACGACAAUGGACAUCGGCAAGCUUAUUUCGGCACCGGUGAAACAUUUUUGUUUUCAUUGUAUCCGGAUCGUGCGAAAUACCCUUGGGUGGGCAUUGAUAGUGACAGAAAUCUAGGACAUGGUUCCGAACUUUUUAUGGCUGCUGAUGCUUCAAUGAUCACUAUUGGAGGCGGCGGUGGCCAGGCCAUUUGGAUGGAUGAAAAUAUGCGAUACGGAAAAACCGAUAGUUGUACAACAUUCAAUAAUCCGCCGCUAUGCAAAUCGGGUGAUUUUGAAAUUCGUGUGCUGGAAGUAUAUGGAUUUAUGGGCGCUUAAGUCGAAAUGAAAUUCCGAAAUAAGUAUAGCUCUACUCAUAGGUGAUGCCCAAUUGAAAUUCGACUCGAUUUUGGUCGAAUUAUUUCGGUACUGAAUGACGACACCAAUGUGUAUUAAUUUCGCAAGUCCAAUACCAACCAUCCAAACACACACUUCGAAUCGCUUUUUUAAAAUGCAUUCAUCCAGUUCAAUUUGUGUAUUUGACUCUGUCUUCGGACCCCAAUGCCAGAGAAAAAAACAAAAACAAAAUCAAAUCAUUCAAAGCUACAUAUUAUAUACUAUCCUUUAAAUCACUCUUCUACCAUUGUUAUUUGAUGUUGUUAAUUUUUUUGAAAUAGGGAGAUUCAUUUAGUUUCUAUGCGAUUGCAUAUAUAUGGAAAACAAAAGAAAAAUCUCUUCUCGUUGUAAUUGUUGUCGAGAUUAAUUAUAUUAUUACUAUGAAAUAUUCAGGUUUAUGAAAUAUUCUUCUGGGUUUCAAUCCAGACUACUAUUGAAUGAAAAGUGAAUUAAUUAUUGGUUCCGUUUAUCUAACGCCGCCUCGCAUACUAUCGAUCGUAAUUAUUCGAUCAAUUUCCGAAUUAUAUUAUUGUUAACAUCAUCUAUCCAAUUUAAUCCGUUCUUUUUGUGAAAAAUUUACAUCUUUCAAUCGCUUUGGUUCAAAUACAUAAAAACAUAAUACACAAACACGCACAUAGCGAGAAAGACAGAAAGGGAGAGAGAGAUAGGGAGAGAUAGAACAUGCAUUAAAAAUUAAAUUGUAAUUGACCGUAACAAGAAAAGCAAUUGACAAUUUUGAAUGAAAAUUAUGUCGUUUUUUUAUAUUCGCUGCAUUGCUUUGCUUGCAUGUACUAAACAGAAGUGGAUUAUUUUUUGACAAUUUGAUCAACAUUUUCAAACGUAAUUUGAACAACAAUCCGUAUUUACAAGAAAACACCAUUUAUUUAAUAAUCAAUUGUCAUUUCACAAUGAACAUUGUGGGCUAUGUACGGAACAAAAAUCAGUCUGUUGUUGUACUUUGACUGAGCAAUCCAAAUGCGCACAAAGUGUUAAUCAAAUUCUCUUAAAAUGUUCAACUGUAUCUAUUCAGCCAUUUUCAUUUAUGAACACAAACACAAGGACUGUGCACGUCAAGUUAAUAGUUAUCAAAUAUUGAUAAACGAAAACACAAAAAUAAAUGGCAAAAACGAAGGCAACCAAAACAUAAGGAACAAAAUGAUUUAAUAUAUAUGAAUAUAUAUUAUUAUUAAUUAUGUUGUUGAUACAUCAAGAUAUUUAGCAAAUAUUUAAUUAAAAUUUAAAAAAUGGAGAUGAUUUAAAUGAAUAAAAAAAACGCAAAUUGAGAGAACGAGAAAAGUAUUAUUAUAGACAGUUUAACCAAAAAUAAAAUUAGGUUUUUGUUUUUGAUGUUCUCUUUAAAAAAGAAUGAAACGAAUACUGUGUUGAAUAAAACAAAUCUGUCUGGUUGAAUGACAAAUGUACUGUCCAAUGUUAAAAAAGGGCGUACUACAUUAUGUCAAACACUCACAUGUUGAAGAGAAUGGACAACACAAAAUUCUAUAUUAGCUUUAGAGCAAAAAAAAAAUAGUGUGCUAACCUUAUAAAGCUAUUGUUUUAAAAAUAAAUACAGUUUAAAGAAAUAAUAAUAAAAAAUAACAUGUGUACAUGUCGUUAUAUAAAUAUAUUUAGAGUUCAUGUUAAUGUGCAUAAAAAAAUAAUAAUAAUACUUGUUAAAUGAAGUGAGAGAUAAAGGAGUUUUAUCGAUGUGAAUAGAAUGAUGUACUGCUAAAACACCUACACACUCACACAAACACACACGUAGACACACAAACAAAUACGCAACGUCAAACACACUCAAACAGACACAGAUUUGAAUUUAAAAUUAAUCCAUUAUAAAUUAUAUUAUACAUAGUAUGCAUUUUUUGUUUGUUUGUUUGUUUGUUUAUUCAAAGUAUAUUAUUUUUUAUUAAUAUUUAUUCAAAAUUUCGAACAAAUUAUUAUCAAUUUAAUAUGAUGUAACACAUAUAUAGAUGUUGUAUAUCAAUCUGACAAUUAUUUGAAAAAA